UAUAUAUAAAUAUAAAUAUACACCUUGACAAUGUGACAUUCAGGUAGAUAAAUGGUCUUAUGUGUCUUAAUGAGAGAUAUAUAAAAGUAAUUAUGUUCAUAAUUUAAUUCUUUUACAUAGUGUUCAUUUUGGAGUAAGACUUAAGGAAAUUUUACCUGUCCAGGUAAGAGACUUUAUUAUGAUAUACAAGCCGAAAGUAAAAUAACGGAAAUCUAAUAAGUAAAUCCACGUGGAGUAAAAAAAAAAAUAAAAUAAAAAAAAAGGAUUUUUAUUUCUAAUGUAAACAAAUAUUUUUAUAAAUCAUUUUUUCAAAAUAUAGGAAAACAAAUUGUAAUGACAAAAAAUAGAAAAAAAUAAGAUAUAACAGAUUACCGACGAUAGAAUUUUUUUAAACUACUUUUAUUUCAUCCCUUUUACGUCAAACAGUGCGUGAUCGUGCUUUGGAUAAAUGCGAAAAGACCGCUUCUCUCUAUUUAUAAACAAGAAAGAAUAAUAUGAAAUUUAAAUACCCUUUUGUAUAUACUUGGUUCUACAAGACUGCUUUUAAAUUCAUUCAUAAAUAAGUACAGCGUAAUUACAUAUAUAAAUAAAUAAACAUUUCAAUCGUGACCGGGCAAUAAUUUUGUUAAUUAAUUGAAUCCAAAAAUGCAAAAAAAUACUUUAAUCGUCGACCAGUCUGUUAUCCUAGACCUGAGACUGAACGUAUACUUUAACACGACUGUUAGGGCGGAAUGGGGACUUUAAUUCCGAUGCCCCCGUGUAGUGUGAGUGCCACAUUCUCUGUACGUUAAAAAACUUUUGUAACAACUCUAUGAGGGGUCCGCGCGUGGCCAUACGAAAGACAAAAUUUAAGUUGUAAGUUAUUAUAAGUGUAAUGAAACAAGUGUAUAGUUAUAUUACUUUUUACAAGAAAUCAACACUGUAUUAGUAGCUAAACAACAGUUAAAAAAAAACCACGUUAAUCGUAAAACUUCUACACAUUAACUCAAUCAUGCAACAGUCAUUUGUUCCAGUAUGAUAGCACUAUUUAUUAAUGCGAUUAAUUGUCAUAUUGCCAUAUUUGAACAAAAGGAAAUAUGACAGAUGUAAUCAAAAUGCUGCAGGAUGUGAAAAGCCAAACAAUCUUGUGUGAAAUUCUUGGUAAACGGUCUCCUCUAUAGUGUAGAACACAUAACCAAUAGUGUAGAACACAUAACCAAUCAGUAGAGGAAGUAAUAAAACUAAUUAAAAAAAAAGUAAACAGCAAGAUGACCAGGGUAUUAUAGUUCCUAAGGCUAUAGUAGGACAGAAGUCCAAACAGCAGAUCUGAUCACAAUGGCUGACCCUGAUCAAGUAGAAUCUGGUGUCAUUAAAGAUCAUCGUUUGCAUCUUGGAGAUGAGGAUUAUCAUGCAGAAGAAUCACAGCACAGAUUGGCAGACCCUGGCUAUAUUGGUGUGAGAUUACCAAGUAGGCCAAGACGUCCAAAACGCCAUCAUUCACGAAAACGUAAAUCAAAACCAAAAAUAGAAGCUACCCCAAAGAUACCAUCUGAUCCAACAUUUAUGGAUCCUGCUAGUCUUACUCCAAGUGAACAGAUUCAGGCCCUGAUCACUGAGAAUGAGGAGGAAUCUCACGAUAUUUUCUGUCAGUUGGACACUUUGUUUAAGCUUGGAAAUGAGAUGCAGUGGCGAGAAGCUGCAAGAUGGGUAAAAUAUGAGGAAGAUGUAGAGGACAGUGGUAAUAGAUGGUCCAAACCUCAUGUAGCCUCACUUUCAUUACAUUCCCUAUUUGAAUUGAGGUCACAACUUUUGAAUGGUGCUGUGAUGCUAGACAUGGAUGCCUACCAUAUAUCACAAGUUUCAGAGUUACUUUUAGACAAUUUGAUAGCCAACAAACUUUUAGAAGACACCAUGAGAGACGAUAUUAAACAGGCCAUUUUAUCCCCACAUAUACACGCCCAUCUUAAAAGGAGGAAGACACAAGCAGAUGACCUCGGCAGAAAGAAGUCAAUUGCCCGAACAUUCUCAGAAAUUGGCAGAUCUUUUUCCAAAACAAAUACCAGAGAGGAUAGUGUGACAAGACUAAAGGGAAAUCCCAACAGUGUACCUAACAUGGAAAAAUUUCAAGUCAAUGGGGACCUGAAAGAAUCUCCUUCUAGUGCUAAACUACAUAAGGGACAUCUACAUCAUAAGGAACAUCAUCAAUUAAAUCAACCAUUCAUGAAAAAAAUUCCUGAUGGCGCUGAAGCUGCAAACAUCUGGGUGGGUGAAAUUGAUGCAUUGAAAUAUCCAGUGACAGCAUUUAUACGUCUUUCUGAAGCCAGGCCAAUCGGAGAUUUGACAGAAGUGCCUCUGCCAACAAGAUUUUUAUUUAUUCAUCUUGGUCCAAAUGGUACAGCUGGAAAAUGUUUAGAAACAGGCAGAGCUAUAUCUACAAUCAUGGUAGACGAGGUAUUUAGAGAAGUUGCCUACAAAGCCAGGAAUCGUCAAGAUAUCUUAAAUGGAAUAGAUGAAUUUUUAGAUCAAGUGACUGUGCUGCCACCUGGUGAAUGGGAUCCUAAAAUCCGUAUUGAACCACCUUCUACAGUUCCUUCGCAGCAAGGACGUAAAGAAAAUAAACCACAACCAGCUGGGCCAAAGGAAGCUUUAAUGUUCAUCGAGGAGGAAGAGAGUCAUGUUGAUCCUACUCUAGUCAGAACUGGAAGUUUAUUUGGAGGUCUGGUUGCAGACAUUAAGAGGAAAAUACCAUGGUAUCCAAGUGAUUUUAAAGAUUGUUUACACAUGCAGUGUGUGGCGUCUGUCAUUUAUUUGUAUCUUGCCACAUUAACUCCAAACGUGACAUUUGGUGGAUUACUGGGAAUAGCCACUGAUAACUAUAUGGGAACAAUGGAAUGUAUCCUGACUGCUGCUUUGACUGGUAUCCUGUUUGCGCUUUUUUCUGGACAACCAUUGAACAUUUUAGGAAGUACUGGUCCCAUGUUGGUGUUGGAAAUGAUAAUCUUUAAGUUUUGCAAAGACAGAGACUGGGAUUUCCUACCAUUGAGAGCAUGGGUCGGUCUAUGGUCAGCAUUUUUUCUCUUGAUAAUAGUUGCAUUUGACCUUAGUGCACUUGUGAAAUAUAUAACAAGAUUUACAGAGGAAAGUUUUGCAUGCCUUAUAGCAAUCAUUUUUAUUGUUGAGGCAUUUAAAAAGCUGUUUGCUAUAACGAAAAAACAUCCUUUCAACAUACACCCUGAGAUUCCACUGGAUUAUACAUGUGGCUGUUACCAUCCAAAUUUCACAAUGCCGGACCAUAACAACAGUACCUUAAUGAAUAUAACAUCAGACAUCGGAUACACUUUAGUGGAUAUGACAAAAAGUAUGUCAGACAUUACCUUCAAUAAAACAGAUUCAAACGUAACCGAUUAUUCAAUGUAUUUAACAAAAAAGGAUUGUGAGGAUAAUGGAGGGAUACGUUUGGGAAGUGGUUGUGACACAAUUGUUUACCAUGACAACGUCUUCUUCCUGUCCAUCAUAUUGUUUUUGUUCACCUUUGGAAUAGCUUGGACCUUGAAGAUGGCCAAGACAAGCAGGUUCUUCCCAACUUUUGUUCGUCAGUAUUUGAGUGAUUUCGCUGUGUUGAUCUCUAUUUUAUGUAUGGUGUUACUGGAUUACUUUAUCGGUGUGCCCACACCAAAACUUGAAGUUCCAGCAAAAUUUGCUCCCUCCAGCCCUCAUCGUGGAUGGUUCAUUAAUCCGUUUAGUCCAAGGAACCCAUGGUGGACUAUUCUAGUUGCAGCUGGACCAGCCAUUGUUGCAGUCAUUCUUAUAUUUAUGGACCAGCAGAUUACAGCUGUCAUUGUAAACAGAAAAGAAAACAAACUUCGAAAAGGAAAUGGAUAUCAUCUGGACAUGAUGGUUGUCACAGUCUGCAUAAUUAUAUGCUCCUUGUUUGGUCUCCCUUGGUAUGUUGCUGCAACUGUGUCAGCACUUGCUCACAUUAUGAGUUUAAGGAAAGAGUCGGAAUCUGCAGCUCCUGGAGAAAAACCUACAUUCCUUGGUGUAAGGGAACAGCGUGUUACAGCACUAUUGGUUGGAAUAUUGAGUGGGGUGUCUGUGUUUAUGACACCGAUUUUAACGAUAAUCCCUAUGCCUGUCCUAUAUGGUGUGUUCUUAUACAUGGGUGUAGCUGCUCUCAAAGGCAUGCAGUUGACGGACAGAAUUUUGAUCCUUUUGAUGCCCACCAAGUACCAACCCGAUCACAUCUUUUUACGUCAUGUUAAAACCACAAGAGUGCAUUUAUUUACUCUCAUCCAAAUUCUUUGUCUGGUUGUAUUAUGGGCAAUUAAGACCACCAAAUCGAUUUCAAUCGUUUUUCCCGUGAUGGUCUUGGGAACAUGCUUUGUCAGAAAAGCAAUAGAAAAAAUCUUCUCUUUUGAUGAACUGAAAUGGCUUGAUGAUAUAAUGCCUGAUGAUAGUAAGAAGAAAAAAGAAGAUGAAGAAGAACUAAAAAAUGAUGAUGAAGAUGAAGAAACGGAAAGUUUACUUGGUGAUGAAAAGCGAAGACUUAAUGAAAUGAAAGCCAUUUAUGGUCAAGGAGAUAAAUUCAGUGGUAAGACACCUUUCGCCCAGGAUCGGGUGAAUAUUACGGAGGAAGUAAACAAGACGGGAAUCUGGUUACAAGUCAGACGUGACUCGAUGCCUGUUAUAAGAGAUCCGGACCAGAGUAAUGGAGGACUUCACAAUAGGAAAAAUGGAUCAAAAGACAAGAAGGAUAAAAAACCUGCAGAAAAGACUUCUUUCUUUGUUGGUGAAGACGAAAGAACUCCUCUGAAAGAAGAACAUGAAGAAGAUGAUAUGGUUUAGAUAUAUAUUCAUUAAAUUUCAACAUGUGAAACUUUAAAAUGUGAAACUUUAAAAUAUAAAUGUGAAACUUUAAAAUGUGAAACUUGAAAUCAUGAAACUUUAAAAUUUUUGUAAUUUUAAGUAUGUGAAGAUUGAUAGACACAAAUUAAAGUAUUAAACUUUUUCUGAUUUUUGUCAUCUUAAGUGGAAGAUGGACAAGAAAAUUAAAGGUCUUUUCCUGGUUGUGAAAAAGAUGUAAUGAAAAUGUGUAACUGUUGAAUAUAGUUUCAUUUAGUGCUUUGAUGCUUCUAGUCAGAAAUUGUAGAAUUUCAAAACAUGGUGUUAAAUUCCUACUAAAGACAAAAAUCUUUUUCAUAUCACAAGCUAUUGUAGUUUUGUUUUGUGUCAAUAUGAAUAUCCAAUUACAUUAACACUUAAUUUUAACAUCAGUUGAGGUAGUUUAAAUUAAAAUUAAAGAAUGAAUAUUUUUUUCAUAUGUUGAUCAGAUUGUUAAGUAUAUUUUUACAUACUGAUAUGUUUAGUAUAGAUUUAUGUACUGUUUGUUAUAUUAAGCACAUUAUACGAUACUGAUAUGUUUAGUAUAGUUUUAUAAUGGACAAUUUACCUAUUGUUAAAAUAUGUCAUAUAUUUUUAUAAUAUUUGUGAAUUAUAAAAAUUAAUAUGAAAUUUAUAUAUUCCAGUUGAUAUUUUCAGAGUAGUUUUUUGAAAUAUUUAUUAUGCAUUUCCGGCACAUAUUUUGAAAAUAUCUAAAAAAAAAAAAAAAACUUGGUGAUUUUUUUAAAACAUUAUCAAAACAAUGUUUGCGUUUAACUAAUAAGUCUUCCAAAUGCUAGUUGUUGUCCUACAUGUUUACUUCUAAUUGUUUUGAAACAAUGCUUUUGACUGUAUUAUUAUUUGAGUUCAGAAUAAAUAGAUGUACUUUUUCUUACAUUAUAAGUUUAUCCUAUGCAAAGAUCUUGCCAAAGUAAAUUUUGAUGAAGUUAUAUAAAUACUCUAUUUUUGCAAAACAUAUAAAUCUGAAUCUGAUAUUUAUUUUGAAAAAUUCUAAACUGUAUAAAAUCAGGAAUAAUUUAUCUUUUUGAUCCUGAAUCAUAUAAAUUGUUGAUAGAUGUAUAUUUGUUUUUAAAUCCUGAACUGUAUAACAUUUUGAAAUAUCUUCUUUUUUUAAAUCCUAAAUAUUAUAAAAGUCUUGAAUGAUUGUAUUAAAGGUUGGAAAGUUUAUUGUUUUAAACCCUUAACUGUAUAAAAGCUUGAUAGAUAUUUUUUUGAAAAGUCUGCAACUAGAAAAUCUUGAAAGCUGCAGUCAAAUUAAUGACACACUCACACAGAAUAUCUAGUAAUUGUUGAAUAUGAAAACAGUCUGUUAUGAAUCUCAUGAAGAAACCAAAGUGCUUUGAACUUGUGUGUGUAAUAUAUAAGCCAUAAUAUUCCCAGAUAACACUCAGAUGUUUUAAGCAUAAUAUGUUCAUAUUGUUACAUAAGUACUAGUCAGUUCUAUGUGACAUGCAUGUAAGUAUUUUACAAUUAUUUUUUUUUGUAGUAGUUAUUUUAUAAUAGACCUGUUGAACUAGACAAAACAUUUCUCUGCUUUGUUAUGUUUCCAGUAAUAUGAAAAAAAGGAGAAAAUGACAUGAAUUUAAUAAAAUUUAUAGUUUGUAAAUGUCAUUUGUUCAGUUAGAUUAAACUGUUAGGUCAGUGGGAAUCAGGUCAAUCUGUGCAGUUCUUUCUCAAAGAGUACUUUUAGAUUCCACACUGUUAACCUAACACGUUAUAUGUUGGCAUUCAGUACAACAGUUAAAUGGUGCUCCGGAAUGAUUUUUUUUGCCUGAAGAUAAACAGACAAAGAUUUAGAAUUUGUUAGUUGGUGUAAUGUGAAUGAAUCUCAAUUUUCAAAUAUUUCUCAUUAGAAAAAAAAAAAUGCUUCAUUUUAACAUGAGGACUCCAAUUUAAAGAAUAAAUUUUAGUUCUUUACAUUUAUGUACAUAAAUAUCUAUUUGAUUUUGCCAAGUAAUUAAUUUCUUAUAAUGAAAUAACUUUUUAUAGAGAAAAAUGAACGUGCAAUUGAUUUAUCUUUGCUAUUAAUUAAGUUUUUUUUUUAAAGAUUUAUAUAUUUAAUUUUAGCAGUAAUGUAAGACAUUUUUAUUCAUGUAUUUAACAUGCAGUAUGUCGUUUGUAUAUUACAUUUAAAACAACGAAUAUCAAUAAAUAAAAAAAUAUUUUAUAAAACAUUGUAUAUCUAAAUGUUAUAGUUUAUUAAAUUCAUUUAAAGCUUAUAAUUUUAUUAAAUUCAUUUAAAGCUUAUAACUUUAUUAAAUUCAUUUAAAGCUUAUUUUUUACCAAUUACAUACAUUUUUACUUCUCAUUGCCUUUUUCUUCCUGUGCUCGAAUAUUCAUUUGCACAUUUGUGCAAUAAAUUAUGGAUAUUUGUUUUAAUUAAUUUUAAUGCAUACAAAAUUUACACCUGUAAAUAUUUUAAACGUUUCAUAUGUAUCAGCAUUUUAUAUUGAUGGUGGAAUCAUAUUUUGACUGGAAAUAUCACUUUAAUUAUGACUAAUUUCAAAAUGAGUUUGGUUUGUUUUUUGUGAAAUUGAUCCCACCAUGUAUUCAAUGUUUAUUAUAGCAAUUGAUAAGCAUAUAAAAUUUUUAUUUUUUUAAGCAUUCAUUAUUGUAAAUACACUUAAAAUUAAUUGUAAAUUUUAGCUGUACUGUUCUGCAAUUAUUUAUCAUUAUUUUAAAUUUGAGAGAAAAUGUUUUCAUUGGAAAUUUCACAGCUAGACAUGUGUUAUGCUACAUUUAUGUAAAUAAAUUCAUCAAAGAAACCAGAAAAUCACUCAUUAUCAAAUAUUUCUUAUGAACGCAAUGUACAGAUGUCACAAACUUCAUAAAAGUCGUUCAAACUGAUAUCAGAUAAGGUCAACAAAAAAUAAAUGUCUCGGUCAGUAAAAAGAUUAAUACAGCCAAGUUUAAGUGACUUAUUAUAUUAAGCAAUCAUUCAGCCACAAGCUCUAUUUUGUUAAUACAUUGUAGACUGAAUACACCUAUACUGCCGUGGCUUGACCGUUCAACAGUUGUUCUGAUGUAUACACUGUAUGAAACAUAUUAGAAAUCGUUUCUUGGAGGCCUCCUGUUAACUUCAAUUUGGAUAAAAAUUCAUAUUGCUGUUGAAGGUCAUAGUGUAAAAUAUUUUUGAUUUUGAAUAUCAACAUAGUAAAAUAUAUUUUGUUCAUAUCCUGAAAUGAAAUUGUGAUCCACUAACUUGUGAUGUCCUGUUUGAAAGUCACAGGGAUAUUUGUGAACUAGCAUCCUGGACUUUUUUUGCAACUACGUGAUUUUUUGUUGUAUGGAUGUCAUAAUGAUGCAGUUAUUUCUAUCUAAGCACAUUUUUGUUAAUUUGGUAACAUCAUGGAUAUGUGUUAAGAACAAGGCUUUAAUAUCUUAUGAUACAUAUCAUUAUAUUUAUAUUUUAUUUUGAUUUGCUGAAUUCAACAAAGAGCUUUUAUUUAAUGCUAAACAUGUAUUUGACUCUAUACACAAGACUUGUAAGAAUAUGCAAAUUGUUAAAUAUUCAUUUAGGAUUUUCAUGAAUAUGUAUGUGAUAACCAUAAAUGAUUUAAAAUAAUAAAACAGGAUAUAAUUUU